GCCCGGCCGCCGUCCGAACAAAUCUUCCAGGCUGCGGCCUAGCCCCUUCGGGAAAGAUGGCGGCCGUAGCGGAACGUCCUCUCGCGGAGGCCGCCGCCAAGCCCUUCCUGGGGCUCCUGAACGGCAUCGCCCAAUGCACCUUCUACGGCAACGCGGAGAUCACGGAGGAGCUGCUGCGGGACCAGCUCUACCCGGAAACGGCGCCGCAGGAAUUCCGAGCCUUGCUGGCCAAGACGACGGGGGUCGUCAAGUCAAUAGCUUCGGCUGACAUGGAUUUAAAUCAGCUAGAGGCUUUUUUGACUGCACAGACAAAGAAACCAGGAGGCAUCACAACUGAGCAAGCUGCAGUUAUUGCCAAAUUUUGGAAAAGCCACCGAGUGAAAAUUCGAGACAGCCUUAUAAAUCAAAGCAAGUGGGAAAAUAGCUUGAAAAACAUCAGCUGGAGAGUGGAUUUAAAGUCUCAGUCAAGACACGCUGACCAGUUAAACAACCCUGUGGCAAUAGUUGAAAUGGAACUGGGGAAGCAUGGACAGGAAUCUGAAUUUUUGACUUUGGAAUUUGAUGAGAGCAAAUUGAAUCAAAUGAUGAGGAAGCUUUCGGAGAUUGAAGACAGCAUUACUUCUCUGACUCAAUCAAACUAGCUUUUGAGUUAAAACUGUGUAUGGCACAAAAUAUGUUUCAAUUCCUGUUAAUUCCUUUGGUUGGUCAUCAUGCUUGUUGUGAAAUAUUUUAGUUCAUUCUUCUGUCAUGUAAGAAUUGAAAUAAAGAUGACAAAAAAGUAACUCAGUAAAAACAUGCAUAGACGCUUGCAAAGAUCAUUCCACCCAUUAAAACAAAAGAAUGUAAUUGGAUUAAAAUAGAGUUAAUAGCAGAGCCCUGCAGAACAACAGGAGGUAUUGCUAUUAUUCACUUUUUUUUAUCCAGCAGUUGAGACCAGAAGAGAGCUCCCUUGCCUCAAAUGAGAACAAAAAAAUCCCUUCCAGUAGCACCUUAAGGUAAAGGUAAAGGGACCCCUGACCAUUAGGUCCAGUCGUGACGACUCUGGGGUUGCGGCGCUCAUCUCGCAUUAUUGGCCAAGGGAGCUGCCAUACAGCUUCCAGGUCAUGUGGCCAGCAUGACAAAGCUGCUUCUGGCGAACCAGAGCAGCACACGGAAACGCUGUUUACCUUCCCGCUAUAGCGGUACCUAUUUAUCUACUUGCACUUUGACGUGCUUUCGAAGUUCUAGGUUGGCAGGAGCCAAGUUUGUCAUUGGUAUGAGCUUUCGUGACAAACUUAGUUGGUCUCCAAGGUGCUACUGGGAGGAAUUUUUUUAAUUUUGUUUCAACUACGGCAGACCUGUAACUCAAAUGAGAACGAAUGUGAAAGUGAAAAGAAUGGAAAGUUAUACGUAGAGUCGGUAUUCGGGAACGAAGACAAGAAUCCUGGUUCAGACGUGAAGACCAGUUCAGACACUUCUCUUAAGCUGGCACUGCAGCUUGCAUGGCAAAAGGGCAGGUGCAUACCCCAUUGUUGCACAUAAUAUGUGGCACAGGUACUCUAAACAGGCCUUCGUGUGUGCAUUCUGGCUCAAUUUCUAAAAACACUCAAGCUCCCCCUUCUUUGGGGGGAAGAGUUGUGUGGCUUAGACCAAUGCACAGAUUGGUCCUGGGGGGGGGGGGUAGUUACAUUAUGUGCCAGUGAGGCCUAGGCCUAGUCCUCUCUCCAGUGAGUUGUGGCAGUGGCUGCUAUAUGACAAUAGCCCAGGAGAAAAUUCCCAGUAGUAAAUUCCUACCGUAUAUUAUUUCCCUUCAUAUUCAGCAGCAAUUUGUUUGUAUACACAAAGAGUUCAUAAUUGGAAACCAUUGUCAGACUGUCAGACCCUAUCAGGGAAAUUAAGCAUGAGUGUAUUUUGGCUACUUCAAGCACAAUGUAUGAAAGUUCAAAACCCCAUGCUUGAAAUUAUUAUCCAGUCAUUUGAAAAGCCCAAAUAGGUGUAAUUUCAGAUGGAGAGCAAAUUAAAGCAGAAAGACUUUUCAGCAUGAACUGUUACAUCUGUAGAGCAAUGCCUCGUGGUAUUUUACAGUGCAUAUUGAAAAUGUAAAGAGUAGGGCAAAAUAUUAAAGUGACAUGCAUAUAUGAACUCCAGAACCUCUCAGGGGUUACAGUAUUGUUGCUUGCUUUCUGCGGAUGGAUUUGAUGGUGGGGGUUUGGGGGGGGGUUCCUUUGGCUGGGUUGCUAUUGGGAUUUUUCUUCCCCCUCCUUUGAGAACAUCCUUAAAUAUUUUAACUAAUUUAUUCAGCAUGUCAAGUGGUCAGUUUUACCUUGGCAUUGGCUUCCUUACAAGGUUCAAAUUGCUCCCAUUUCUCUGUGGGGCUAUCUGCCUCAAGAGGAGAACUGGUUCUUGCCCAGGACCCCCAUGUGUGGCCCCAUUCCUGCUUUUUCUGACAGUAGUGUGAGAAAUAAUUUGAUGCUAGGUCCUAGUUCUCUUGCCCCUUCCUCCACAUUUUUAAUAAUAUUUUAAACAAAAAACAAAACAUUGCUUAUGGGGCAGCAGGAAAUACAUCUCUUCCCAGAAGACUUGGUUUUCUGAAGGACUACUCCUGGAUACCAAACCACAGUUUGAUCCUGGUUUCAUUGUCAUGAACACGAUGUGAUGGUUAUUGGGAACAUUUGCUCCUAAUCUACUGUCCUCCUUUGCCCACAAGAGAGAAAGAGAGUGAAAAUUCGCUUUCACAUUGGAGCAAUCUGCAGUUCCACAUUAUGCACAAGCUCAGGAACUGUCGUUCAUGCUAACCCAAUUUAGUUUAAUCCCUGGUUUAUAUCAUGGGUGAGGAAUCUUUAUCAAACCUGAGGGUUGGAAUCCACCGGGAGCAACCUUACUGGAGCCGCAUGGCAAUAGUAUAUGGGUCCAAAAGCAAAGAGUAAGGUGGGUCGAAAGAUGUGACUCUUAUCUUUAUCUAUGAUAGACUUCAGUCCAGCCAUGCAAAAGUCAGCAGUUUCUAAUCACACACACACACACACCUCCAGGCAAGCAAGAGGCAUUAUAGACAAGAUAGAGAAGCUUAGAUUAACCCCACCCCCCCAGGCAUGAGAUCCUACACCUUUGAUUUAGGUGAUGGACUGAAUUGGUCCAGGAAGUGGGGCAAUGCCUUGUGAAAUCCCAGGAACUAAAUGACGUGAUGAGUAGAAUUUCUAGUUUUUCAGGCAUAGCUCCUUGGUCUUCCUCAUAAGCAGCAAAAUAAACAAUGCAACAUAAUAAAUGGUGUGGGUUUCCUUAAUUUGCACAAAUUAGACAAGAUUUAAGGUCCUCCCUCCCAUACAUACAUACAUACAUGCAUACAUACAGAUCGGACAGAAUAUAAGGAACCAAGCAGCACACAUUCCACCUCUUAAUCGCAUCCCUAGAAAACACAUGCUGCUUCGUCAUAGGACAAGUGCACGAUAUGCCAAGAGUGCCCACAUGGGCCCCACGUGAGCAGAUGUCCUUGCAAGCCAAGCCCUCAACUGGGCCAAGUAUCUGAAGGUACCUUCCCCGUCUCAUUUACUUCUCCCUUCAGCAUCACAACGAUGUCUGGCCUCCUGUCAUGCAAUGAUGUUUUAUUUCUGUUGGCACGUUUUUGUAAUAUUAAUGGUUGGUGAUAUGUGAUCUUGCCUAACGAGUCAAGAACACUAAAACCACGAUCCAACUGCCAAGCCACUUGUGACCUUUGAUCACAGAAUCAUAGAAUUGUAGUGAAUAAUACGGAAUGCUCAAAUAUAAAUUGGACAGGAAUUGUUUUUUGAACUGAAGGACACAGUUUAAAUGAGCUACAUCAUGUCAAAUUCUUCAGUGAAACCAGUGGAUGGAGCAGUCUGGUGUAAAUGAAAGUUGCAAAGAAACUCAAGGCAGGUGUCAGGAAGUAGUAUUUUACACACUACAAAACUAUAUGAAAUAGCUGACCAGAGGUUUGCUGAGGCAGGAAAGUCCAAAUCAUUUUAGGAAAAAAAUGGAUGAUAUCAUGAAGUAACUGAAAAAUAUUUCUAUAAGUCAUAGAAUCACAGUUGGGGGGGAACCCUGAGGGUCAUCCAGCCCAACCCCCUGCAAUGCAAAAAUCUCACCUAAAACGCCCCUGGCAAUUGGUCAUCCAACCUCUGCUUAAAAACCUACAAGGAAGGAGAGUCCACAACCUUCCAAGGGAGACCAUUCCACUGGUUGAACAGUUAUUACUGUCAGAAAGUUCUCCCUGAAGUUUAGUCGGAAUCUCCUUUCUUGUAGCUUGAAGCCCUUGGUUUGGGUCCUAGCCUCCAGAGCAGGAGAAAGCAAGCUUGCGCCAACUUCUAUGUGACAGCCCUUGAGAUAUUUGAAAAUGGCUAUAUUUGAAGAUGGUGGCUGGGGCAACCCAGGCAGAUAGGUGGGGUGAGUACUAUUAUUCAACCAGACCUUUGGUUGAUUGACAUCCUAUGCCCUUUUAAAACGUUUUGGUGGGGAAUGAUUACCGUAGUGGUUGUUUUUGUUUUUAUUAUGUAUUUUGUGGUUUGUUUUUUCCCUUUAUCCUGUGAACUCCCCUGAGACCUGCAGGUAUAGGUCGGUAUACAAAUUUAAUAAAUAAUAAAAUAAAUCAUCAUCUUCAUCAUAUCCUCUCAGUCUUGACUUUUCCAGCCUAAACAUACUUGACUCCCUCAACUCUUCUUCAUAAGGCUUGGUUUCCAGGCCCUUGAUCAUCUUGGUUGCCCUCUUCUGCACACAUUCCAGCUUGUCAACAUCCUUCUUAAAUUGUGGUGCCCAGAACUGGACACAGGACUGCAGGUUUGGUCUCACCAAGGCAUCAUAUCUGUGCAGGAGGCAUGGGGAGUAACUGACUUAGCAACCUGAGGCCUUUGGUUUAAAGUAACCAUUUUGGCAUUCUGCUUGCAAGUUUGCUUUGUUUUUAAUGUAAAAACUCAAUUAAAUAUUGAGAUAUACAAAUGACAUUUGUUAUGUCUGUUCAGCACACAAUUUUAAGUUUCAAGUCCCAAUACCAGCUUAUCACCAAAAUCCCCAUCUGCAAAGCAGUAAGGGAAAUGCAAAAUAGAUUUUAUAUUAAGUGCCAAAAUAGAUUUUAUAUUAAGUGCCAACAGUCUGGUUCCUUUCAGUUCAAGUGAAAGCCUCUCUUCUGCAUAGGUAUGACUUCUUGUAAAAAUUCCCUCAGCUCUGCCAGUCUAGAUUUCUGAAAUGCUGCCUUGGAAGUAGGUACUGGACUUCAGCAUCUUGAGCAACCUACAUUUUUCUUCCAAUACCUCACUGCUACCUUAUUUGUACUUUUUCUUGUGUUGCAUACCAGCCUAUCUACAGGGCACGUGAUGUCUGCAACCUUUGUACCAGGCAGACACGGUAACUAGAUUCUGCACCAUCACACUGUCAGUUAAGCAUUCAAACCAGUUUCUUUCUGGUGGUCAUUGUUCAUAGCUGAAUAGUGGGUUCAGCACCUCUUUCCAGAAAGUUAGUAAUUGUGAUAAUACAAGAAAAUACAAUAUGCCACAUAAGCCACCUCCAAAAUUGCUUGUUUACUGCAAUUGAUAUGUUGCCUUCUGGUGGUGCUCUAAGAAUGAAGGCUGUAAUCAAAGCUAUAAACGCUGUAAUUUAGCUUUACAGAAAAUUACAAUUCCUGUUAAAGAAACUAUGCACUACAGUGAUUUGACGUGCAUAUAUUAAUUAGAUGGGUUUCUGGACACACUUAAAUGCCAUGUAAUAUGUAUAAGCAUCUAGUUUUUGCCAAGCACUAACAUAGAAUACCUUCACAAUUUAAACUGUUUUUCUGAACUGUUCAUGCAGUUAGGCUGCUUUCAUCCUGUAAACAGCUUAACUCUGUUCAGGAUUGUAACCUUAGUUUUUCUCUCCUACCAGCUUUUUGUGGCAGUUCAAAAUAAUCUGCUUUGUUUUUAAUCUGCUUCCAUUGACAGCUGUAUUGAACAGUAUCAUUUACUUCUGAUUUACGCAGAUAAAGUUGAAUGCAAGGGGUUGGAGGGGAAACCCUCUUAUUUUACUACAAAGUUUGUGUGUUAAAAUAUUAGGGGCUCUAUUCUUCUUCUCCCCCGCCCCAUUUGUUUGUCUGAAGCUUAGAAAUUUCAGCCAAAACCUUUGUAAUCUUCAACUUUGUCCUUCCUUGACUAUAUCAACUUUUCCGCAGCUAAAAUCAUCCCAUAGUUUAUUCACCCAACAUGGCACUUUGUUGAC